GUGCGGUAACAUAAACAACAGCCAACAUAAACACCAGUGACCAGAGAAGUGUCGUGUCUUGAUAUCGUUAGCCUAUGUAAAGUAUGUUUACCCUCUCUGGUGUGGUAUGAUGUACUAGUCUUGCUGCAGAUUCUUACUUCAUUGAUAGAAGUACGAAAGUAAACUUGCAUCGGCCAUGGAAAUGGAAGAUCGAUUUUCAUCUAACCCAACUGGAGGCAACCCAGUAUCAUACGUUUCCUUCAGUAGUGAUGAAGAUAUAGCGAUAGAUUCUGAGCCCAAGCCAUACUUGCGGUUGCCAUACAAUGCUUCGAGUAAUGACUGGUUCAACUGCUUACGCUACGCAUGGAACUUGAAACCUCCAUCCAUAAUACUCAGCAUCUUCUCAACCACGAAUACCCGGAAGAGGUGGCACGAUCAACACCAGAAAGAGAGGUUCCAAAUGGGCCUUGUCAAGGCAGCCAAUACAACUCCGGUAUGGAUUCUUACAAAUGGCAUGGAUCGAGGCAUUGCCAACCUGAUCGGAGAUGCAAUUCGCCAAGAGAAACUCAAGCGGGAAACAUCUUACAUGCAUAAUGUUUACGUACAGGAGGGCAUUCGAAGACACCAACGUCUGCCAAAGCUCAUCGUUAUUGGCAUAGCAAACACUACCCUCAUCGAUUAUGAAGAUGCCCUAGCAGGUGACAAUUCAAAAUAUCCUCAGCGGGGACCCACAGUCAUGGUCAAGAACGGAGACAAACGUUUGGUCGGCGAUAAGGGUGAACUCAAUCCGUAUCACACCCACUUUCUCCUGGUUGACGACACUACACCUGAUAAGUCGGGUAUGACAAUAUUCCAGGUGAGAGUUCAUCGGCGCAUGAGCUGUCCUGGUGGUUAUAGUCGUCAGAAUAGCAGACCAUCAGAAUCCGAACAAGGGGCGGGUAGGAGCGACGACGUACUGCUCAACAUGGAGACGGAGGAGGAGAACGCACGCUGCAUGACGGCGGAGGUCCCCGUCAUCGGUAUCGUGAUGCAGGGUGACGCGGCGGUCGUCGAUCUGGCGCUCGUUCAUCUCAAGAUGCAGCUGCCCGUCAUCGUGAUGAAAGGGACGGGCAUGCUCGCUGACCUGCUAGCGUUCGCAUUCACCGAGCUAACGGAGAGGUCUGACAAUGAGUACCUGCAGUCCUACAUCAAGCCUGAGCUCUCACGCCGCAUCCUGCACACCUUCCUCGAGCAGUGCGCCAACAACGACAUCGCCAUGAGACAGAUUCGCGACAGGAUCAUCGAGUGCGUGAAAGUCGCGAAGAAGGGAGGCAGGUCAUGCAUGACAGUGAUUGACAUAAACUCGGCAAGCUGUGACCUAGCAGAUCUGCCAAAAUACAUCCUGUAUGCCUUAUUCAAAUCACAGUAUCGUCUCAGCCGGCUGGAACCCGAACAGCUUCACACAAACCUUCGUCUCACACUGGACUGGAAUUGUCCGGACAUGGCCGUAUCUCACAUCUUCCAGAAACUCGGAGGAGGCAAAAUCAAAAUUAAUAAGGAGCUCUUUGAAUUGGCUCUACUGCGGAAGGACAGGGAAGACUUUAUCGAGCUGUUUCUCGACCACGGCUUUAAGAUCCACAAGUACCUCUCUCACAGGAAGCUUGAGUUGCUAUUCGAGAAGGGUGAAGACCAGGGCUUCUUUCUCAACGUCUGCUGCGGGAGUAUCCUCGGUUACCACGUCGAGAGCCUGAAGGACAGCCAGGCGACGAUUAACUACAUGCUCAACUGUCUGACGGGCCUGAACUACAAGGUGGAAUACCAUGAGCUGUCGAUGAAUGUCUCUGGAGUGGAAACUCUUGAACAGUCGGCUGACAGUGCAGAGAUGAAGGCACGUACCGUGCUAAUCAUGUGGGCAGUGCUGUUCAACCGGCCGAAGCUUGCCAAGGUGCUGUGGAAGCGUUCGGAGGAGCCACUCGUGCUCGCGCUUGUCUUGCACCGCAUGUACAACAUGUACGCCAAGUUCUACGUCGAGCCCCACCUCGUCAGUGAGAUGAAGGCCAUCGCAGCAGGAUUUCAAGAUUUGGCUGUAGGAAUACUCGAUAUCAGUUGGAUUGAAUCUCCACACAGAACCCUACGAAUGCUGAGUGCAGAACGAAAGUAUUGGGAAAACUACUCCGUUAUUCAGGUCGCCUACAUUUCUGUAGCACGAAAAUUCAUAGGCCACCCCUGCUGUCAGUCGUGGCUCACCGGCAUCUACAUGGGUGAAAUAGAGGUGAAGAAUCUCAAGUGGGGGCCGUUCGCGCUGCCGCAGCCGCUUAAAGUGUGGACCAGCGCGUUCCUCAUCCUGCCAAUGUACGUGUGGAUCAACUUCAACACAAGGGAGAGCAAAGAAACGAGGAGAGCUGUCCAGCAGACAGAUCUCGAUGAGGCUGACGGUGAGGACGAGGGAGAGUACACCGCGGAAAUUGAAGAUGACAAGACUGGCCCCAGCGAUAGACUCAAUAACCUUGAGAUAGAUGGCAUCAACAUGUCCCAUACGCUGUUCCACUUCAUGGACAAGUUAAAGAGAAGUGAGCAAAGGUUGCCACUUUGGAGAAAAGUCUACAAGUUAUGGUCAGCACCUGUGACUAAAUUCUGGACCUUUCAGACGUUCUACGUAUUCUACCUGCUACUGUUCAGCUAUGCGGUGAUCCUGCCAACCUGUGGCGACCUCUAUAUCGACGUAGCGGUGUGGGGCUGGACACUGACCAUCCUGAUGGAGAUCAUUCGGCGCACAUACCUGCAGUACAAGCUGUAUAGGAUAUUACCGCUGUUCCUGAAGUCUGUAGAGAUUGUGUGUGUCAUCGUUUUUCUCAUCGCCUUCCUGCUUCUGCGAAUACUCAGUGAUGAGAUUGGAUUUCACUACCCGUUCUCAGCGAAGGUUGUGAUGUGCCUAGGACUCAUGUACUUCUAUAUGCGCAUGAUAGUAACGUACCUACCUAUUAGUCAGACGCUGGGACCCAUGCUUGUCCGCAUUCGACGCAUGGUCUACGUCGACUUCCUUGACUUCAUGCGUGUCUUCCUGAUAUUCAUGGCCGGAGGAGCUGUCGUCAUGCACGCUGUCAUCUACCCGGACUUCCCCAUCAACGAAGAACUGUUCCGCAGUGCCUUUCACAGAGCCUGGUUCUCCCUCUUCAUAACCCCGGUCAGUGAGCUCGAAGGUCGUCAGCAGUGCACCAGGACAGAGUCGUACGGACCAGACAGAUGUGUGCAGGGCUUGUUCACGGACCAUACCUGCCCGCACACGGGAGUCAUGUCGUAUGCUGUAGUCAUCACUUACCUGAUCAUAUGCAAGAUGAUCCUUGUCACUCUGCUGUUUGCGCUGUUCAGCUCCACAAACCAGAAGAUCCAGCCGAUAGCAGACGAGAUCUGGCUCUACCAGCGCUACAGUCUCGUCAUCGACUUCUCCAACCGCCUGCGUCUGCCGCCGCCGUUCACGGUCAUCAGCUACGUGCUGAUGACUCUAGAGUUCAUCUACAGGAAGCUCUGCUGCACCUGUCGCGCGGCCGACAUUCCCCACGGAAUGCAAGAGCUGCAAAGGCGUGAAGCGCUGAGUUAUAGCUACUGGAAGAUGUGUGCUCAUCGUUGCUGGCUAAAGAAAGAUGAGGCUGGAAGCAAGAUGGUCGCAUCCACCAACAAGGAUGCCAGCAACGCGGUGUUGGAGGAAUUACUAGAGAUGCAUAAGACUAGUCUGCGUAGAGUCAAGGACAGGCUAGUGGAGAUUGAGAGAGCUGUCUUCAAUGGAAGAAUGCAUGUCGAGAACAUACAUCACCUAUUGGAGCAGAAAGGUGUGGCCGGCAUAGUUGGUAAACGAGGCUUUGAUGUUCAUGUGCUUGCCCGACAGUCACCCUACCCCUUCACGGAUCUACCCAAAUAUCCCGUGCUCGACAAAUAUGUUCCAUGGACUAGCGAGUACUCUCUGUACGAUCCAGUCAUCUUCUCCCAGCCUGCCUCUGCCUAUUCAGAUGAACUACGCUCUUUAGUAGACCCGGAUAUUAUAGAGGAACAGGAAGUGAAGCACAAUCGCGCCGUGGAGGUGGACGCCAUCGUAGAACAAGAGAACAGCGACUCCGACUCCGACUCCUGCUCGCUGGUCGUAGCCGACAGCGCGCGCUCGUUUGCGUGGAAUGCCAUCGAGUCGGUGAGCGUGAACGGACGCAGGGUGACCGUCGACCGACAGUCGUGGAUCGUGAGCGCUGAUGGAAGCCGCUGUGUAUACGAGGUGGAUGUCAUGGGACUGCCCAGGAAUCCAUGGGGCCGUACAGGUGUGAGAGGUAGAGGAGUGCUGUGUUUCUGGGGACCCAAUCAUCGGGUGGAUAUGGUAAUUACCAGGAGAGCAGCACUGUGGAGUGGAAACCUGUAUCGCCGGACAUGCAGCUGCCUGCCUCCCUAGUGGCUCUCAUUCAACAGGCACAUGAUACCCUGGAUUCUAACAACUAGAUUUCAGUCAUUGCAUACCCACCCACACGCACGCACACACGCUCACGCGCACACAUGCCAUGCAUGCACACACAUGCACACAU